CAGUGUUGUAUCAUCCCUGCCGUGUUGGCUCAUCAGUGGCGCACGGCUCCGCUCGCCCAUUGUUGGUUAGUUUGAGCAGCAAGCAGUCUCAGCAUCCUCCUCCUCUUCCUCCUCCUCCUCCUCCUCCUCCUCCCCUCGCUGCAGGCGAGCGACAUCCUGCAUGCCGCAUCCGCGCUCAACUUGCGCGCCCGCCUGCACUUGGACUCGCAGCAUGCCGAGCGGUUCGGGGGCAGCUUGCAGCCGAGUAGCUGAGGAAUGGUGGGGACUGCAGAGCCGCAUCCCGGGGAGCAUGUAAAGCUGGGGGAUUUUACUUCCACAAAGGAGGAAUGAUGAGCAUCUUCUGGCUGUCUUUGCUCCUGUGCGCCGACCUCCUCCAUCCAUCCCUGGGAUACUUGACGGUCACCAUCGAGCCGCUGCCUCCCGUGGUCGUGGGCGAGACCGUCACCCUCAAGUGCAACUUCAAGACGGACGGACGACUCCGGGAGAUCGUAUGGUAUCGGGUCACAGACGGAGGCACCAUCAAGCAGAAGAUCUUCACCUACGAUGCCAUGUUCAAUACCAACUACUCCCACAUGGAGGACUACCGCAGGCGGGAGGACCUGGUCUACCAGUCCACUGUCCGGCUCCCAGAGGUCCGCAUCUCGGACAACGGACCUUACGAAUGCCACGUGGGGAUCUACGACCGGGCAACACGGGAGAAGGUGGUCCUGGCGUCAGGGAAUGUUUUCCUCACCGUCAUGUCUCCUCCAAACAACAUCUCGGUGGUGGCGGAGGACACGCCGGCCCCGUUUAGUCGAUACCAGGCCCAGAACUUCACUCUGCUCUGCACCGCCAAGGGAGGGAAGCCGGCCCCGUCGGUGUACUUCAAGCGUGACGGCGAGCUGAUCGAGGUCAUCUCCUACACUCAGCCCUCCUCCGGCGACCAGCAGGGCGGGGCUUCGGCGGGGUUUCGAGGCGCCAGGCCGCUCAUCAGCCGAGACCUCGACGAGACCAAGAUGCAGCGCUCCCUCUCCCUGCUGGACCCCGAGGGCCGCUCGGCACGCUUGUACACCGAGGGGCCCCGACGCGGUCCCGCUCAGGGCCAGCAGGCCUCCGAGCCCAGCCCCGCCACCGAGGUUAUCCCCGAGACGGUGGUGAGCCGAGAGUUCCCCCGAUGGGUCCACAGCACCGACCCCCUCUACUACUUCAGUCACACGCACAUCCCGCAAAGUGACGGCUCGGUGGUGGUUCAGGCCCGGCUCACCUGGACCCUCAACCCCCAGCUGGACAACGACGCCCUGUUCAGCUGCGAGGUCAAGCACCCGGCGCUGUCCAUGCCCAUGCAGACCGAGGUCACCUUAGCCGCCCCUAAGGGCCCGAAGCUCUUCAUGACCCCCAGCAGGGCCAAAGUUGGGGACACAGUGCGCAUCACUGUGCAAGGAUUCCAGGUAGGACCUCGAGGGAACGAGGUGUUCCCGGAGCCCCUGUUUACCUGGACCCGUGUGGGGGGGCGCCUCCUGGACGGCAGCACCGAGCGAGAGGGCAAGGAGCUCAUCCUGGAGAGAGUGCCGGCCGAGCUCAACGGCUCCAUGUACCGCUGCACGGCUCAGAACCCUUUGGGCUCCACCGACACGCACACCCGCCUCAUCGUCUUUGAAAACCCGAGCAUGAUGAAAAACACGCAGAGCCAGAACAACGCAGCUUUCCACAAGGAUGUGUUUGGCCUCCUCACAUGGAUGCUGCUGGUCGCUACAGUGACCGUGGAACUGACGUGAAAACUCUCUCACUCGUACACACACACACACACACACUUGCCCCUCCUCCCCUACACACACACACACACACACACACACACACACAUACACAGGCAUUUCAAACCCGAGCAAAACAUGGGCGGAGGUCCCACGACCCCCUCAGGUGUUCUCCAGCCACGGACAGAACACAUCCGUGGAUUAAAGCCACCCGAUGACGCUCCUCCCAUUUUUGUAAGGGAAUAAUAACCAAGCUAAAAGAGCGUGACGACUUUCCCCGGUUCCAUCUUUAGUUUCGUGUGUUCCUUGUCCCGCAUCGGCCUGUUGACCAAUAAAAUUAGUCGAUUGACGGCAUUGGGAUGAUAUAUUUUUUUUUUUUCAAUGAGUCUAAGUGACAUGGCUUUUGGCUGUGGCGCCAAAGUAAGGCCGCUGGGCCCGUCUGCCCGUCUGAUAUCCCAGGAUGCUCCAGUUCAGCAGUGAGGGUGGGAGGGGCCAAGGCAGAUGCUCCAAGCUACAAAAGUCUUUUAUUUACUUCUUUUCCUUCUGAUGGCUGGGAAUGUAGAACAAGAACGGGGUCAUUGGGAGUUCAGUGUAUUACGUCAGUGUAAAUAGUGCAGAUAAUUCAAAGAUGUUUUAUGGGCGUGUUGAGAGAGAGGCUGCAAAGUUAGCCUUCAUCUGUUUGUACUUCACUCAUCUGCUGAGCUCAACUGCAGGAAUCAAACCUAAAUCCCUUCACUUUUUUUCUUUCUUUCUUUUGAUAUGACAGGAAGUGCUCUCACUUGUGUCCAAUGUUUUCUUGGUCGUGUUGCAUGUGAAAGUUGUUUUGUUUUUCUUUUUCUUCCUCUCCUUUUCUUUUCCCAGCUGCUGCAUCAGCUUGUUGUGGCUGCAGAAAUGUUUCCUUGUCUCAUGUUCUCUUCUGGGCUGCACAGCGUGUGCGGCCAGGGACGUGCGGCCAGGCCAGGCAGGCGAGGCAAACCCCCGCCCAAAUGAACAAUAUCUUUUUUAGGACAUUUUCUUUAGUUGAAAAAAUGAGGCUAAAUUGGCACAUUUCCCGAUGAAAGUAUAGGACCGCCACAUCUUUCCAACCCUGGACGCUCAUUUGGGGGAUGACAUUUGUCCAGACAUGUCCCACCACGAUGUGACUUUGUUAAGCCUCUGCAAUGCAUUUAUUCUACUAUGGAGCGCACUGGUGAAUAAGCCGCAACCGCACAAUUUUAGAAGAAAUAUAUAUUUUUCUAUAUAUUAGCCGCACCGGACUAUAAGUACUAUAAACGUAUGUACGUUAUGAAAUGACUUGUUCUCGCAGAAAUGUAUUUACAUCCCUUAAUUGUUUCCUAACCGUGCCAGUAAAACGGCCGAUCAAACAAAACAGAAGUCCUCGUCCUGGACCCGCUAGCUGCGCAAGAUAGUUCUCCAAUCAGCUAAACCAGGGGUGUCAAAGUCAACCAAAACCGGCUCAUGGGAGAAUCCUCAUAUUUGAGUAGUAUUAGAAGCGGCCCGCAGGCCACAGCCGCCUGCUGCUGUUUUGCACGCACCAGUACCCCAUCAGUGUUGGCGCUAGGCAUUUUCAAAAUAGGGUCCUAGGGACCCCAUCAAGUCAUAAUAAUGGGGUCCCGCAGUACAUUUUUGGGGCCCCACUUUUUUGUGAGCGUUUUGUUGAUAAAUGAUAAAUGUAUGCAUUAUCCUGUUUUAUCUCACAUUCCAUGUUGUCUUUUGGGAAAACAAUGUAAUAAACCUUACUUCAUUCAUUAAAAAAACUAAUAGAAAAGACGACACAUUUUAAUGCAUAUGUAAAAUUUAUUCACUCAUAAACAUUCAUUCACUUUCUUCUUUCCUUCAUGGAUCUAAAUUAUAGUUUUUUCUAUACUUUUAUUGUGAUAUUUUCAGAAAGUGUUUUUUCUAUUUUUGGCCAAAGUGAGAUAAAGAAAACAUUCUGAAGUUGUCCUUAUUUCUGUUUUUUAGUUUUAGUUUUACUUUAUUAAGGCAUCGAUUUUCCUCCAUGUGGCCCCUGAGCUAAAAUGACUUUGACACACCUGAGCCAAUCAGACUGAAUAACUCCACGGUGACUUUUUGGUCAAUUCACUUAGGAAUUUGUGAAACCGACACAACACAAAAAAAAUGUCAAUAUAAGUACUUAAUACUAACACAGACACUCGUAAAGGUGUUAGCAUAUAAGCGAAUGCUACUGACGCUAGCUUGAUUACAUCACGAUAGCAGGUAGAAAUAUGCAUGAAAACACACAUGGGACGCUCUACUAAGUAUGAAUUGUUUUAGUUACAUUGUAAAACUUACCAAUGUUGCUUGGAGUGAUCAAUGAAGAAUCCAUUUGAGGUGAAACGCUACGGAUGAAUAGAAGACGGAACGGCACUUGUACUUCCGGUUUAAAGCUCUAAACAGAAGGACAUACGAUGAGCAGGGGUGGGCAAACUUUUUGGCUCAGUGGCUUUUGAAAUCUGACGGACGGGCCAGGCGAGCACGUGAUGCCUUUCAAAGGAUAUCACAUCUGGGAUAUUUUAAUCUAUUUUAUCCAUCUAUUUUCAACAAUAUCAUAUCAGAACAUCAAAGAAACAUACAAAUGGAACUGAAGGGUCAAUUAACACUUACAUUCUCUCAAAGUGGGAGCAGUGCUGAUCCUUUUUGUGCCGCUGCCUCCGAGUCCGGUAUCGGUUUUGUUCUGGCAAUUCUCACAACAGGUCUUUGCUCAAUUCUGUUUUAAUACUCGGGGGCCGCUUUAAGUGACCACCGGUCCGGAUGUGGCCCGCAGGCCGUGGUUUGCCCACCCUUGUACUAUAAACAUCCGCCCACAAGCCAUACCACAAAAAGUAGCUCUCCAUUCGCUGUUUUUGCAUGUGUUUUAUAACUAAACUAUUUGCAUCAUGGCAAUCAUAAAUUACUCGGUGCAAAGCGUAGGGAAAAAAAGGAGCGGCCUAUAGUCCCGAACGCUAAGUGUGACAAAAGGGGACAAUAAGAAGGACACAUGGGUGAAAUAGGAGGCCUAUUGAGCGUCAGCAGGUGGGCUCGUACGUGCGCUUGUCUUUUUUUUAUUUAUUUUGUAUUCACUUUCAUAUUUUUCUUUUGUACAAUUUUGAAAUACACACACAGUGGCAGCAAUUUGUCAACCAGAGUCAGAAACAACUCAAAUGCAAAAAACAAACAAUUGAAUGCUCUGCUGAAUAAAUCAUUCAGAUGAUAAGGAGGGUUGUACACAAGGCAGAAGCAGGGAAGUUGUCACCUUGGGGAAAUGCUAAAUAAAAAGAGACUAUAAUAAACCCUUUUCAACUUAUAUUCAAUUGAAUAGACAACAAAGACAAGAUAUUUCAUCUUCACACUGACUAACUUUAUUCUUUUUUGCAAAUAAUCAUCAACUUAGAAAUUAAUGGCAGCAACACAUGUCAAAAGAGGCAUUUUUACCAGUGUGUUACAUGGCCUUUCCUUUGAACAACACUCAGUGCAGGUUUGGGAACUGAGGGGACACAUUUUUGAAGUGGAAUUCUUUCCCAUUCUUGCUUGAUGUACAGCUUAAGUUGUUCAACAGUCUCCUGCCUCAUAUUUUAGUCUUCACACAUUUUCAAUGUCUGGACUACAGGCAGGCCAGUCUAGUACCUGCACUCUUUUACUCUGAAGUCACGCUGUUGUAACACCCGGCUUCGUGUUGUCUUGCUGAAAUAAGCAGGGGCGUCCAUGAUAACAACAUAUGUUGCUCCAAAAGCUGUAUGUACCUUUCAGCAUUAAUGGUGCCUUCACAGAUGUGUAAGUUAGUCAUGUCUUGUUCACUAAUACACCCCCAUACCAUCACACAUGUGUAACUAACCCAUGUCUUGUUCACUAAUACACCCCCAUACCAUCACACAUGUGUAACUAACCCAUGUCUUGUUCACUAAUACACCCCCAUACCAUCACACAUGUGUAAGUUAGUCAUGUCUUGUUCACUAAUACACCCCCAUACCAUCACACAUGUGUAACUAACCCAUGUCUUGUUCACUAAUACACCCCCAUACCAUCACACAUGUGUAAGUUACCCAUGUCUUGUUCACUAAUACACCCCCAUACCAUCACACAUGUGUAAG